CUAAAGAUGGAUACCACCAUAAAGGAGGGAAAUCUGAUGCUGAUGCAAAGAAGAAGAAAAAAAAGAAAGAUGAAACUCCGGCAAUUCCAAUAAAGGAAAUCCCAAAGAAAGGUCUGAAGAACAUGUCCAGGAUGUUCAUGAAGUUUUCUGGCUUUAAAAGGCGCAGGAACAGCAGGAAGAAGCUUAAAAGUACAUCGAGAUUGUUCCUUGGGUUGGGAAAGAGGAAGAACCGCCUUGCUAAGAAGAAACGCCGCAAGUCCAUGCUGAAGAACACCUCUCGAUUCAUGAUGAGGUUUAAGGCCAGCAAAAAGAAAAAAAAGGAGAAGGAGGCCAAGGAGAAAAAUGGUGGGAAGAAACCAACCUAUAUGCUGCUACGUCUGGGAGGAGGAGGGAGUGAGAAGAAGGGGGGCUUCUUCAAAGGUUUAUUUGGAAAAAAGAAUGGUGACGGGCCUCCUGAUGACUUCAAGAACAGGAGUGCGUUACUUGGUAAGGUUGCAGCAGCAACUAACUGGCUGACCAAACGCUUCCUGUCCACUAAAAUGCGAGGAAAUGCAGGACAGCAUGGCUGGGGUAGAAAUAGUGCACAUAGCCGACAAGCCAGCUCCAGAGGUCGUCAUCAUGGUCACUACAAUGAUGGUUAUGAGCAUGGGGAGGAGGCUUAUGGAUAUUCAGGACACCAGAAAGGUUAUGGAGGCUAUGAUGAUGGUUAUGGCGGUUAUGGGGAUGAGGCAGCUGCAGGAUAUGGAAGCCAGGGUCAGUUUGGUUACUAUGAUAAUGGGGCAGGGGGUGCAGAUUAUCAAGACCAAGGUUACUAUGAGGAAGAAGGACUCUAUGAUCCAAAUGCAGAAUAUUAUGAAGGUGGUCUAUAUGAUGAUGGCAUGGGGGGCUUCUAUGACCCUUAUUCCUCUCCCCAAGGCUACUACAACAACCAGGAAGCUGAUUAUUAUGGUUAUCAGCAACAACAGGUAAUGGCAAUGUGCGGUGACGAGGGUCUGGACUACUACGCACUAAUGGGUGAGGAUCAUAUGUAUGGUGGAGAGGCAAAUGGAUUCCUUGACCCUCCGGCUCAGGGUUAUUAUGAUGAAAACAGUCAAGGAGUUUAUUAUGGUGAUGGACAAGGGGGGUACUAUGAUACCGGACAGGCCGGUCUUUAUGAGGACCCUUAUGCAGCAGCUAUGGGGGGAUUUCCACCAGACUAUCAAGUUAGUUAUAGUGAUGCUGGCAUGCCCUACCAAGACUACAGCUCCCAGCAGGCCAUUGGAUUCCCACCAGGAGGCCCGCAGGUCUCUGGUUUUGUAGGGCAAGGGAUGGUACAGGAUCAGGUACAGGGCCUGUAUGGUGAUCAGUAUGCGGACCAGUUUGAUCAGUAUGGGGAUGGUACUGGUGGAGUUGAGGGAGGGGAGAUAACGUUUAGAGUUCCAAGACCUCAAGUGCGCCUUUUUGGGAAAGAGCGUCUAGAUGUGCCCCUGCAACCUCCACCUACUUUGCCCCCUGAUCCAGAAUUUGAAGACAUGUCUGAUAUCCAGUAUGAAGACCAGAUUCCUUAUAUACCAGGUCAACCUGGUGACAUGAUGUCAAUGCAGCAGCAAAUGGGAAUGUCACCACAAACCAUGUUGUCCCCUCACGAACAAAUGAUGAUGCCCCCACAGAUGAUGUCUCCACAGCAACAAAUGUUGUCACCACAGCAACAGAUGAUGUCACCACAGCAACAGAUGAUGUCACCACAGCAGCAAAUGAUGUCACCACAGCAACAGAUGAUGUUACAACAAGAACAGAUGAUGUUACAACAAGAACAGAUGAUGUUACAACAAGAACAGAUGAUGUCCCCACAACAACAGAUGAUGUUACAACAAGAACAGAUGAUGUUACAACAAGAACAGAGUAUGCCCGCUCAAAUGAUGUUACCACAGCAGCAGAUGAUGACCCAGCAAAUGAUGUCAUCGCAAGAGCAGAUGUUGCCACAGCAGCAUAUGAUGUCCCCACAAAUGAUUCCACCACAGCAACAAAUGAUGAUGGACCCAAUGAUGAUGUCACAGCAACAGGGUUAUGGCCCAGUGAUUCCUACUCCAACUGCCAUGAUCAUUAAGCAAGCAAAUAUGUCCCCACUUCCUGCUCGGCGCAUGCACUCUCCCACUCCAUCCCGCCGUUCCGUCAUCAUGCCCUCCCCACAGAUGCAGCGCCACCCCUCUGCCAUGGCUUCCCCGGUUCCUUCUCAGAUGCUUCCUCAGAGACGCAGCCCCUCCCCACAACCUUCCAUUAGAAGUGGGUUUAUCAAUGCCCAAAGACCCCCCUCUGUUAUCUCAAGACGUAUGUCACCUCAUUCCUCCCCCAUGGCCUCUCCCCGUGCUCGUCAGAGAAUGCCACCUCAGAGAUCACCGUCUCCCCUGGCUCGAGGACCCUCACCCCCUCACUCCCCCCGGGCCUCCAUGAUGCGGCGAAGUCCUCCACCCUCACCAAGAGCAUCCAUGAGAAGACGUUCUCCACCUCCCUCUCCCCGGGCCUCAAUGAGAAGACGAAGUCCUCCAGCCUCACCCACUCCAGCCCGCAGCCCAUUUGGAGGGAGGAAGAUGCACGGUCCACCCUCCCCUGCUCGUUCCCCGGGGCAUGCAUCUCCACCUCACUCUCCACAGCUCAGUAGAAGACCAUCUCCCUCUCCCCCUCCAUCUCGUCGCAGUUUGUCCCCUAUAGGGCCUCGACCCGGUCCAGGAUCUCCCACCCUCUCUCGUCGCUCAACUCGGCUGCUACGGGACCCCACACCAUUGGCACGGCCUAGGAUGGGGGGUAAUGUUCCCUUAGGUACUGUCAGGCCCUCACCCAUGGGUCUCCGAGGGCGUCCAGUGCCCCCACCCACCCAGAAUGUGCGUCCAUUCCGUUCCUCAAUACGAAGCAAUAGGUCUUCUGUUCUCACAGUGGACUCCUCUCUCCUCUCUUCCCCCUUUCAUUCUCCUCACAUGGUCCACCGUGCUCCCUUGGGGAGGAGAGAAUCUGGUCGAUUUCCUCCUCGCCCUGUGGCUCGAGGACGGCCCUUUAUGGCCCAGAAUUCUAUAAGAAGGAUGCCUCCGGUCUCUCCACAGCUCUCCCUUAAACACAUGCCACAUCCUGCAUCACCUCACUUUGCCCCAGAAAUGGUAGACACAGGUGAGAUGGUUUAUGAUUAUGCAGAACCUUAUGUUCCCUUAUCACCUAAUCUUUCUGGUGCAAUGCAAAACCAGAUGAUUCGGGAUGCGUCCUAUGCCACUUCACUGCAACCUGUGGCCCCUUCAUCCCUCAUGCUCUCUCGGGCUCUGCAGAAUCAAGCUAUACAAGAUGCAUCAUAUGCUUCACCUUUACAAAGGCCAAUGUCCCCAUAUGAGCAGCCAAUGGCCCCUUCGUCCCCCAUGCUCUCUCGGGCUCUGCAGAAUCAAGCUAUACAAGAUGCAUCAUAUGCUUCACCUUUACAAAGGCCAAUGUCCCAAUAUGAGCAGCCUAUGGCCCCUUCGUCCCCCAUGCUGUCUCGAGCUUUGCAGAAUCAAGCUAUACAAGAUGCAUCUUAUGCUUCUCCUUUACAAAGGCCAAUGUCCCCAUAUGAGCAGCCUAUGGCCCCUUCGUCCCCCAUGCUGUCUCGAGCUUUGCAGAAUCAAGCUAUACAAGAUGCAUCUUAUGCUUCUCCUUUACAAAGGCCAAUGUCCCCAUAUGAGCAGCCUAUGGCCCCUUCGUCCCCCAUGCUGUCUCGAGCUUUGCAGAAUCAAGCUAUACAAGAUGCAUCUUAUGCUUCUCCUUUACAAAGGCCAAUGUCUCCUUAUGAGCAGCCUAUGGCCCCUUCAUCCCCCAUGCUGUCUCGAGCUUUGCAGAAUCAAGCUAUACAGGGUGCAUCUUAUGCUUCUCCUUUACAAAGACCAAUGUCCCCUUAUGAACAGCCUAUGCCCCCUUCUUCCCCAAUGUUGUCUGGAGCUCUGCAAAACCAGGCAUUAAGAGAUGCCUCCUACGUGUCGCCUCUGCAAAGACCUCAAUCCCCAUAUGCCGCAUCUGUACCUGCAUCUCCAAUGCUCUCUGGAGCCAUGAGACAUGGUCAGGCACUGAGAGGUGUGGCUUCUUAUCAGACUCCACAGCUCCGUUCACCAUAUGGACCAACUGUUGUUACUCCUUAUGAUUAUAUCUCUGAGCCUGGCCCAUCACCAAUGCUUCAUGAUGCCUUGCAGAACCGGUCUAAUUUACAGAAUGUCUCGUCUUUAAGAUCCCCUAUGAUGCAACGCCGUAACCCUUAUGCACCAGCUGGGCCUCAGCUCCAUAAUGCCCUUCAACAGAACCCAAACCUCCGUCAAGCAAAUUAUCAGACACCUAUGCAACUCAGACGGUCCCCAUACGGCCCCCAACCACCCUCUUCACCAAUGUUAGGAAGUGCCCUGCAAAACCGACAGUUGAUGCAGGCAUCGUACAGGCUGCCAGAUGGAACCUUGAUGUCACCAUAUGCAACUACACCUUCCUCGCCAUUGCUUGGCAAUGCCUUGCAAAACCAACAACUUCGUGGAGCCUCAUACACCUUGCCUGAUGGAUCAGUUAUUAGGGACCCACGUAUCCCCCAGAAGCCCAUGUCUCCUAACCUUUCCAGAGCUCUUCAGAACCAGAAUGUCAGGGGUGCUUCAUAUACUCUCCCUGAUGGCACUAUUAUAGACCCAAGACAGCAACAAUCCAUUUCCCCAAACUUGGCGAAGGCCCUAAGCAACCCAGCUCUGCGUGAAGCUUCCUAUUCUCUCCCUGAUGGAACAAUUGUGAUUGACCCCAAGAAACAGAAGUCCCCAAACCUUGCAGCAGCACUUCAGAACCCUUACCUAAAAAGUGCAUCUUACACAUUACCCGAUGGUACAAUCAUCAUUGAUCCACGGAAGCCAGUCUCUCCAAACCUCUCCAACGCCCUUCAAAACUCUGCCCUACGGGAAGCCUCCUUCAAACUACCAGAAGGGGUUCAUGACCCCAAUAUACCAAUGUCACCAAACCUGGCUCAGGCCCUCAGUAACCCAGCCUUGAAGAGUGCUUCUUACACCCUCCCAGAUGGAACUAUUAUAGUGGACCCAAGGAAACCAAAGAGCCCCAACCUGGCGGCUGCCCUGCAGAAUCCCUAUCUAAAGGGUGUUUCCCUCACCCUGCCGGAUGGAACCAUCAUUAUUGACCCACGGAAACCACUUACCCCUGACCUGUCUAAAGCUCUUCUGAAUGAGAACCUUCGUAGUGCAUCAUACCGUCUCCCUGAUGGCUCCCUGGUUAUCCCUGGCCAGAAGCCCAACCUCGGAUCUGCUCUGAGGAGAAACCAGGCACUUCGGUCUGCAGAGCUCUAUCAUCUAACAGAUAGUUCUGUACUGUCGGGCCGACCCAAACCUACCACUCCCAACCUUGCCUCUGCACUGCGGAAUGAGGAACUCCGUUCUGGCAAUUUCAGGCUGCCGGAUGGCUCUAUUCUCACACGUCAGUUCCAGAUCCCAAAGCUGACUGAUGCCGUCCAAAACCAGCAGCUUCGCUAUGCUUCAUACAGGGUGCCAACAGGCCUGCAGGGUGAGGAUAAUCGCUAUGCUGUGGUUCCACCCUAUGGGCCACGCUCAGGACACUGGGCCAGGAAUGCCCGAGGAGGAGGGGAAGGAGGGGAAGACAUUUGGGCUGCUGAGAGGGUUUUACCACAUGGAACAGUCCAGAAUUUGUCAAAGUGGUCCAUGUACAGAGAAGAUGGGGUGUUAGAAGGAUAUUCACCCUCACCCCGACUUGUGGACGGACUGCCUAAGGACAUGGACUGGACCCCUGACAGAGUCAAAGUACCUGGUCAAAGCUGGUAUGACAAGAUCUACUCUAUCCUAAGCAUGCCCACCACAAGCCACAGGGUGAAACGCUGGGCCGAGGGAAUGGAGGACAUGACACAGCUGCCUGAACUGAAUGAGACCACAGUUCUGAUGAACCUGAAGAAGCGAUACGACCAGGAACUUGUAUAUACCUACAUAGGCAGCAUCCUCGUGUCUGUGAAUCCCUACAAGUUGCUUAACAUUUACGGCACAGACAUGGUGCUCCAGUACGGGGGCCGCGGCCUGACUGACAACCCUCCUCAUCUUUUUGCCAUUGCUAAUAUCUCAUAUACCACCAUGAUGGAUGCCAAAAAGGACCAGUGUAUUGUUAUCAGCGGAGAAAGCGGGUCAGGGAAGACUGAAGCUACUAAACUGAUCCUGCGUUACUUGACAGCCAUACAUCACAAAUGCAACGUCACACAACAGAUAGAGAUCCUGGAGGCCACGCCCCUGUUGGAGUCUUUUGGAAAUGCCAAAACAGUGCGCAAUGACAACUCUUCACGCUUUGGCAAAUACACGCAGAUCUACAUGGAGGAGGGUGUAAUCAGCGGUGCCAUAACGUCUCAGUACCUGUUGGAGAAAUCCCGCAUUGUCUUUCAGGCCAAAUCCGAGAGGAACUAUCACAUCUUCUAUGAGAUGCUGGCAGGUCUUCCUCCUCAUGAGAAGCACUUACUGUAUCUGCAGGAAGCUGAGACUUACUACUAUCUGAAUCAGGGAGGGGAUUGUACGAUAGAGGGGAAGGAUGAUGGGGAGGACUUCAGACGUCUGCUGAAUGCUAUGGACAUCCUGUGUUUCACCCCAGAGGAGCAGAACGGCAUCUACAGGCUGCUGUCCUCUGUCCUUCAUCUGGGAAACGUCUUCUUCCAGCCACACCAGGCUGAGGGUCAGGAGGUCGCGUCGGUGGUGAGCGCUCAGGAGAUCAGGGUGGUAGCUGAGCUGCUGCAGGUCUCACCUGACGGCCUGCAGAAGUCUGUCACCUUCAAACUGACAGAUACAGUGAGGGAGAAGAUCUUCACUCCGCUCACAGUGGAGAGUGCUGUGGAUGCCAGAGAUGCCGUUGCCAAGAUCCUGUACUCGCUGCUGUUUAGUUGGCUGACAGAGCGCAUCAACGGACGGGUCUACCCUCGUAACGAAGCCCUCUCCAUCUCCAUAUUGGACAUAUAUGGAUUUGAGGAGCUACAGGUGAACAGUUUUGAGCAGCUGUGCAUCAACUACGCCAAUGAAACUUUGCAGUUCUACUUUAACAGGGUCAUCUUCCAGGAGGAGCAGGAGGAGUACAUGCGGGAGCAGAUCCAGUGGCAGCAGCAGCCCGUCAGCCGAAACCAGGCCUGUCUCGACCUCAUCGCCGCUAAGCCUCAUGGGAUACUACGCAUACUGGACGACCAGUGCGGUUUCCCUCAGGCGACAGACCACACCUUCCUUCAGAAGUGCCACUAUCACCAUGGAAACGACCCGCUGUAUGCCAGGCCAAAGAUGCCGCUGCCAGAGUUCACCCUGAAACACUACGCUGGGAAAGUCACAUACCAGGUGCACAAAUUCUUGGAUAAGAACUUCGACAUGGUCCGCCAGGAUGUUUUAGACCUCUUCAUCCAGAGCAAAAACAGAAUGGUAUCCAGCCUCUUCUUAAAGCACUCAGAGUCUGUGUCUCAGCAGCGGUCUAACGUGCGGCGCAGCAGCACAGCUCGCCGUUUUCAGGCCAACACGGUCAGCGCAAAGUUCCAGAGCAGUCUGCAGGAGCUGCUGGAGAAGAUGGAAAGGUGUAACCCUUAUUUUGUGCGAUGCAUCAAGCCAAACCAUCAUAAGGAGGCAGGAGUGUUUGACAUGGAGCUGGUCAACACUCAGCUGCAUUACUCUGGAAUCAUGGAGACCAUCCAUAUCAGGAGGGAGGGUUAUCCAAUCCGAUUGAACUUUCACAGCUUCCUAAUAAGGUAUAAAUGCCUGCUGUGCCUGGAGGAUCCUCCACCUGCAGAGGGAGAAAACUGCGUCAUCAUGCUCCACAAGCUCGGUCCGGUCAAAACUGGCACGUAUCAGCUGGGAGUCAGUAAGAUUUUCCUGAAAGAGGAGCUGUAUCAGCUGUUGGAGGGGAAGCGGGACCGUGUGCUGAACAUGGCUGCCAUCACGCUGCAGAGAUACACCCGCGCAUGUUUUAUCAGGAAAAAGUUUGCCAAGUUGCGGUGGCGUGUGAACAUGUUCGAGGCUCGCUGCAGAGGCUAUGUAGCCAGGAAAAAGUUUGUUCUGAGGAGGAAGUACCUGAUCAGGUUCCGCUCUGCUGUGCUGCUCAUCGUGAACCGCCAGCGGUACAUGAGGACAGUGGUGGAGCCUGCAAGAAAGGCAGAGGAGGAUCGCAUCAACAGAGAAGUGGUAAAUGUGACAACGCUGCCUAUCCCUGCUGAGCUGGCACUUCUGCUUCAGGCGGCCUCAGGUAGUGAAGAGCUGCAUUCUGACUGCUUGGCAGUGGUCCAGGCUCCGAAGGUUCAGGUUGACCCCCAGCUGACCCUGCCCCUGGAUAUCAACAACUACCUCAUGACACACUACAUCCGGGCCAUAUUUAGGGAUCCGUUGUUCGGGAUGCUGACAGCCCCGAUGGAGAGUUCACUGAUUCGAAUGGAUGAAGAGCUAAAACAAGGAGCUCUGAACAUUUUCAUUCUGAUACUAAGAUUUAUGGGUGAUCCAAACUUAAAUGGGGCUCAGGAGAAUCUGUUUGGGAACUACAUCAUCCAGAGAGGACUUGCCAAUCCCAGUCUGCGAGAUGAGAUUCUGGCUCAGGUGGCCAAUCAGGUGUGGAGGAAUCCGAACAUUUUGAAUUCAGAGCGUGGUUGGGUGCUCCUGUCGUCGUGUCUCUCUGCCUUCCUGCCCUCUCAAAGGCUGGCCAAGUACCUGCUGAAGUUUGUGUCUGACUACGGGCCGGAUGGAUACAACUGUGUGUGUCAGCACCGUCUGCUUCAAGCUCUGCAGCGGUUGAAUGUUGGGCCGGAGUAUGUCCGUACCUACCCGCCCUGUCUACUAGAGUGGACCGCCAAUCGCAAGAGAGCUCACACUGUCCUGCACAUACACUGCUUUGAUGCGGUGUCCUUCCUGUGUCCCCUACACUCUUGGACAACAGGAGAAGAAAUGGCCAAAGACAUCUUACAUCACAGGGGUGUGAUGGAGGGCCGCCGAGGCUGGUCGGUGUUGCUGAAGGAGCCGGCUCAGUGGGUGGAGCUGGAGGGCUCAGACUACGUCCUGGACUUGAUGUCGGACCUGGAGCUUCCUGCUGACUUCCCCAAACACAGCAGCUACUUCAUCAUCUCCGCACAGGAACCGACCAGAGUGCGACCCAACACCAGCAUAAGCCUGUUGGGUGGUGGGUUUGACAUGAAGGAUGACGUCAUGUCUUCAGUACUUCCUGGCUCUGAUGGACUUGACUUGGAGCCUCAGAGAGGGAUGGAUCGUUAUCUCGACAGCCUGUUUGACCCCGUACUGUCAGAGGGAACUGGAGAAGUAGAAUCAGCUGCAGGACUGGCGAGCAGGAUGAAGGGCGCCGGGGGUGUUGGAGGAGGAUGGCAGCAGCAAGGGCAGUCAACCGGCCCCCCACUUCCACCUGGGGCUGUGAGAGUCCUUCCUGUGGGAGGCGUGAUGUCGCCUCCUGUUGCUGCGGUGGCACCUGUGACACCUGAUGCCCGGCAGGCUGUUUUGGAGCAGCAGCAGCAGGCGAUCGUGAACCAGCAGGCCAUCAUCAUGGCCCAGCAGAUGACCAUGCAGGCCAUGGCCAUGGUCAGCCCAGUGACCAGCCCCCCCACCACCCCCAUCACAAGCCCACCCAUGAGCCCUCUGCUCCAGCACCCUCCCAGCCCGUACGCCCCCACCAGCCCCUAUGCCGUCAUACCCCCGAGUCCGUACGCCAACAUCCCACCGAGCCCCUACGCUAACUUCACCCCCACUCCCUACGCUGCGGCAGACAUCUCGCCCAGGCAUCCCUAUCCCCUUCCUGCUCCACUUGAACAAACUCCAUCGCAGCUUCAAGCCGUGCCUCCGCAGACUCAGCCCGGAGCUCAGCCUCCGCCUCAGGCCCAAACUAACAAAACUCAGCCAGCACAGCCCAAAGCCAACGCUGCUGCACGGGUUCAGUCAGGUAAGGACAGCGUCUCCCGGAGGAAGGCUCCAGGCAUCCCCAUAAACAAGGACACACCAGCCAGAAAGUUUGCCCCAGUGGUGACGACUCCUCCGCCCCCUGCUGGAGAGGUGGUGAAGUACUCGCCUCGGACUAUAGAUCACGUCGUCCCCAGCCAAGAUAUCCAGGACAUCAUCAAAAGGUACAACUCGCCACCUCCACCUUCAGAACACCUGACACCUGAGAAGAGGAGACCAGAGGGGAAGUUUAAGAAGAAGCAGACCCCUCGUGAUGAAGCUUUACAGAUCCUCAAACCGCAGAUGGACCACCCUCCUGCUCCACAACCCAAACGUCCUGUUGCCCCCUCACCAUCUGCGUCUGCACCGAAGGAGGCGGGAUCUAAACCCACCAAGAGCAAGACCAAACCACCUGUUCGUCCUCUCCCCUUACCUCCUCCAGUUUCUCGAGAGCUUCCUGUGGAGACGGAGACCAUCCAGACACAGCUUCAUCAGAGAACCAAUGAAGAGCACUACACCUACACCAACGUUCCCUGGAGACUGUACCUCAGGAAGGAGGUUUUUUAUCCCAAAGACAGCUUCAACAAUCCUCUGGUGCUAGAUCUCAUUUUCAAACAGAUAGUGAACGACACUCUGUCAGAGGCGUGCGUUCGCAUCACCCGGGAUGAAAGGCAGAAAAUGAAGGCUCUUUUCGCUAAACACGGGGUUCAACAGAAUAUGGAUCCGGUGGAGGAGCAUGUGAAGAAAACAAUCGUGACGGCUGCCAGGGAAACCUGGGAAAUUUACUUCUCCCGUCUGUUCCCUGCAUCGGGUAGUGUAGGAACAGGUGUGCAGGUGCUGUCAGUGUCCCACAGCGGUAUAAAGCUGCUGAAGACCGUAAAAAGUUGCGCUGCAGCUCCAGACUACUUCAGAGUCCUGCGGCCCUACACCUACGCAGACAUCCUGUUUGUAACCAUCCCCUCUGAAAACAUGCUGGAGUUCAAUCUGACCAACGAGAAACUCAUCCUGUUCUCAGCCAAGGCGCCGCAAGUCAAACAUCUCAUAGACACCUUCAUCAAUGAGAUCAAAAAGGACUCUGACUACGUGAUUGCAGAGAGAAACUUUGUGACAGACGAUCGAUCGAUGCUCAGUUUUCACAAAGGUGACGUUAUCAGGCUGCAGGUUAUGGACGGACUAGAGAAGGGUCACAGCUACGGCUGUGUGGUGAGGAAGAAGGUGGUGUUUCUGGAGGAACUGAAAAGAGAAACUCAAGACUUUGGUUGGAAGUUUGGUGCCGUGUUCGGCCGCUCCGGUGCGUUCCCAUGCGAGUGCGUCCAUCCCGUCGCUCCUCCUGACUUCCUGUCGCUGCCACUGGACCGCAAGUCAGAGCCACGAGGAGGAGCGGGACAGUUCGCCGUGUCAUCAGCCGUCGCUGUGGCCGUGGCGUCCACCAUGGCGGCACAUGAGAUAGAUCAAACGAUAGAGAAGAUUUCCCUUGACGGCUUUGCUGAAGGAGAUCUGGAUGAGAGGGCCCUGCAGGACAGCAAAUAUGACAUGUUGGAGUUCGCCAAGAAGUACUUCAGACAGGGAAACAACAUGAAGGGAGAUACCCUGAAGAGCAAAAGUAAGAACAGAGACUCCAGAGAGCCCAUUGAAAUGAUCAAGUUCACCAAGACUCCUCUGACUGAGUCUCUGAUUGAGUUCAUGGACCCAGCCAUGAACAGAGUGGCAGCGGAUCUCUUCCUGUCGGUGAUGCGUUUCAUGGGCGACUCUCCAUCAAGAGGAUCGACUGAACAGGAAGUGGUCAGCAAUUUCCUCAAGCUCAUCGGAGAGUUCACCUUGAUGAGGGAUGAGGCUUACUGCCAACUUCUCAAACAGCUUACAGCUAACACCAGCUCCAAACCUGAUAGUUGCCAACGAGGCUGGAGGCUGCUGUACAUCCUGACCGCGUUCCACCGCUGCUCUGAAGUCCUCAAGCCCUUCCUGCUGAAGAACCUGCAGCAGGCUUCUCGCAGCGCCGGGGCGCAGUAUCAGGGCAUCGCGAAAGCAUGUGAGCAGAACCUGAAGAAGACGUUCCAGUACGGCGGCCGCAGUGUUUCCCCCAACAGCAUGGAGCUGAAGGCCAUGAUGGCUGGACGGAGCUCAAAACGUCAGCUGUUUCUUUUCCCAGGAGGCAUUGAACGUCACGUGAAAAUCAAAACGUGUUCUGUUGCUCUGGAGGUGAUCGAGGAGCUGUGCUAUGAGAUGGGUUUACACAAACUGGAGUGCAUGGAGGAAUACGCCAUAUUUUUAGUCACUAACAGAGGUCAGAAUGUGCGUCCUUUAAACAAACAUGAGUACAUCCUGGACGUUGCGACAGAGGCGGAGUUAGUCGACACAAACUACAGCUUCUGGUUCAGACGAGUCGUCUGGACUCAGCCGCUCAAGUUUGACAAUGAGCUCUGUGUCGCUAUGCAGUUUAACCAGAUUCUGCCAGACUACCGCAAAGGUCUGCUAAAUGUUCUCCCACACGGAAAAGUGAGCGAUCAACAGUUUCACCAGAUCUCCAAACUGGCAGCUUUGCAGCACAGAGCCAAAGACAUCGUCUUCAUCCCCAGCAUACACGAAUUAUCAGAGUACAUCGCCCCACCUCUGUUCAAAAAGCAGCCGCCCCAGCAGUGGGUAACGAUGGUGACGCAGCACAUGCAGCAAGUGCAGACCCUGAACCCUCACCAGGCCAGAGCUCAGUUCCUGGGGCUGAUCAGCGCAUUCCCCAUGUUCGGCUCCUCGUUCUUCUACAUCCACAGCAGCAGCUCCACCUCCUUCUAUGCGCCCUGCAUUGUUGCUGUCAAUCAACAUGGCCUCCACUUCCUGCACAAAAAUACACACGAGCUGAUGGCAAUGGUCCCCCUGGUGGAGGUGCAGUCCAGCCGCACCCAGAGGCCCACUGCUGGAACGAGCUACCCGUAUGUGGACCUCACCCUGGGGGACUUGAACACGCAGCGGCUCAUUCAGCUGCAGCUGGAGCAGGGCCUGGAGUUGUGUCGAGUCAUCGCCAUGCAGGUGGAAAACAUGAUGUCCGUGCGGGAGAGGAGACUCACCCUUCCACCCAGUGAAAUCACCAUGUUAUAACUUCAGCGUACGCACACACUUGUAUGAACACACACAUAAAUGAUAUGAUAAUAAUUGUCCUACCUCUUCUUGCCUUCAGGUGUUUUAUUAAUAUACAUGAAUGUGUAAGUGUACCCUGAAGUCACGACAUUAUACCUGUUAACUGAACAAAGUGCAUCCUGAAGACAGUGAAAAGUCAAUAUUAGUUAAUGUUUCUUACAGGACAUUUUUAUAGUUGCACUUAAACAAUUCAAGCUGUUUUAAAAUGUACAUAAACUGUUAAUGUGAGGAAGCUUCAGAGGCCUUUUCAUUACAAAAUUUUAUAACUAAAUGGAACAUGUUUUUUUAUUUUUUUUAUUGAUACUGAUUACUGUAUAACUUGAUUAUAGUGUGAACAAUUGUUGUAUUCAACCUAUAUUAAUGCAUCAACUUUCUUUUUUGUAAAGAAUAUUUUAUCAAAAUAAAAUAAUCUAUUUUAAAGAGAGA